UCACUUCGGCCUUUGCAUACCAUCCCACAAUCUACCAACACCUCCUACGCAUCCCUUGUAGAGAUCUGGAAAGAGCCAGAAAGAUCUUCCUCAAACUUUGUGAAUAAUCGAAGCCGGAAGCCAACCAGAUUCCAACGCCUUUCAUAGAGCAUUGAACUCGAACCUCACUCUUUCGCCAUGUGUGUCUCAAAAUUCAUCAAAUACACCUGCGGAUGUAAGAAGGAGAUGGAGUUUAUCCAUUGCGACGCGAGACGUGGGACCAACGUGCGUUGCCACCCAAUAGAGAAACAAUGGGGCAAGGACUCGACCAAUUAUUGUUCAAAGCAUUUGGUGAAGCCGGAUGCGCCAGUAAAAUAUUAUGAUCAAGAUGGUAACCAGAUCUAAGAGUCCUGCGAUGGUGGAGAGUCUGACUUAGGUUCGAGGCAAGCAACAGAAGAACCUAACUGGCUGUCAGCCACGUCGGACGGGCAGGUUCCAUGAUUGGAAACGUGUAUCUAGUAACCACUUAUUGUCUUGGAUUGAAGUAUCCUCCUCUUUUGCAGGCGUACGGCAUGUUCGAAGGUUCCUUCUUUCCAGCAUCACUUGAUUGCCACAACAGCUGAGCUUCUUGACACUCCUGGAAGUGCUCGAGAAACGAUUGUCGUGAAUAGACUUUAUCACGAAGGCUGAAAGCAAGUUCAUGGCUUCUAGUGCUCUCUUCCACAGCAAGUUGGCAGCCAGCGCAAGACACGCCGUUCUGAGCUGAUUUGGACUUUGGAUCGUAGUACGGUAGCGCGCAGCAAGCCAUGAAAUCUGUGUAUGGCUGUUGCAAAAGAAGUUCUGGGGCCUCCACUCUUUUGCGUCCCUCACGUCGCGAAGCCAACUGAGCUGCUUGAGCCGAGACAAGGCUGAGUCGAUUCUUGCGCGCGAUCUCUUCCAUAGAAUAUGUUCCAGGGAGAGUUUUCAAGCUGCGGAGGCUGUUCAGUGACUUGGUGGAAAGCCCGAAUAGCCGCUUGACGCUUGCAAUUGACAUCGUCCGGGUCUCUUCAGACCGUCGCCGGAGACACGCCGAACAGCAACGAAUCCAGUUGACAAGAUGGACUAGAUCGCCGUAACCGUCUCCGCAUAGCGAGCAUGAC